GCGGUCAAUAUAAUAAAACGGUUGACGGUGGGCUGUGCAGACUUUGUCGGUUUGUGUUACGAGAACAAAGUGUUUGUGUGUGUUUUCUUGUGAUUUUUUUUCUUAUAAUUUUAUUAUACUAGUGCAAAAUGACUAUCGGAGACGAGAAUGUGUACGAGAACUUCGACUAUUCUCUGAAUGUACAAAAGUUGAUGAACAUCAGAGACUCUGAUUUGGAGAAUUUGUUGAAAUCGUACAAUGUGACGCAGAAAGCUUUGGAUGAAAUGGUGGCUAGUGUUCAGGAGUGGUAUCAAAAGCAGCCACAUCUACCUCAAGGAUUGUUACAUGACCGCAUGAUCAUAGGCCACCUCAUCACUCGAGGGUUCAGCGUGGAACAAUGCAAGGAGAAGAUUGACAACUACUUCGGAGCCAGGAAUAAAAUGCCUGAUGUCUUGCUCGGGAGGAGUCCCUUCCCUCCUAAUAUGGAGAGGUACCUGAGGGAGGGAUUCUGGAUCGUCCCUCCGAUGAAGACUAAGGAGAAUCAUAGGGUUCUUAUGUUCAGAAUAGUGAAUCCAGAUUUUCUCGUUCUGGAUGUGACCAAGCUAGGCUUUAUGAUGGGAGACUACAGAAUAUUCAAUGAGGUCACACAUGGAGACCAUUGGGUCUUGGACUUCAGUAACGCAACCCUGAACCAUGCCAUGCAGUUCACGCCCAUGUUGAUAUCAAAAAUCUAUUAUUUUAUCACGGCGUGCUACGCGAUCAAGAUAAAAGGCAUACAUCUAGUCAACGUGCCGGUCUUCGGUCACUCAAUCUUAGCCCUUUUCAAGAAGAUUAUGAAGCCCAAACAUGCAGAAAGAUUGCAUCUCUAUGAAGGAUUUGAAAAGAUAUUCAAUGUGCUGCCUAGGGACAUAUUUCCUAGCGAUAUUGGUGGUACUGCUAAUACGACUGUGCAGGAGUUGUCGGAUGCAUGGUGUGAAACUCUCAUGUCAGAAUCAUGGAAGCGGUUUUAUGCGUACCAGGAGAAACAUUUCUUCGCCGACGAAUCAAAAAGGAUAACACCAUCAAAAAUCACAGACGAAUUUGGAGUAGAAGGAACAUUCAGAAAAUUAGAAUUAGAUUAAUUUAUAGAACUAGAGUAUUUUAAGGUCAUUUUCACUCCCCAAUAAGUUCCUGAUAAAUUUAGCUGGCAGAUUGUGUUUAAACGUAGAUUUAUCUGGUAGAUAGCAGCUUGAGGGUGUUUUUCCACCAGAGAUGUGCUAUGUAGCUAUGUUACGAAGAUGUAUUAGCUAAGCUGUGAAACUAUGUGGCCGUUUCCACUGAUACUAAGCUUUGUAACAGCGAGAGAAAGAUAACAACUCAAGUAUGCAAUGUAUCUAUAGUAGGGAAGC